AGGGAUUUUGGGGAUCCAAACAGCUCCAGCAGCACCGGGGACCAGAAACUCCCAAUUCUGGGCAUCUCGUGGUCCUGGGGGACCGAUGAGCCCGACGCCGCCCUCUCCGGAGCCGUCCCGGCCGCGGCUCAGCGCACACAGCUCGGCCCGGCGCCCGAGGAGCAGCCGGCGUUCCCGCAGGCGCUGUUCCGCCCGCUGCCCGUGGCCGUGUCCUGGGGCACCGACCAAAGCACUUUAGAGCCGCGGCCCGGCCCCGGCCGCUCGCCGGGCAGCGCCGCCACCGCCCGAGGCGCGGACGAUGGCCACUGGCUCGGGCCACUGGACGGACACUGGCCCGAAGCCACCGGACGGCGGCCACCGGGUUGGGCCACCAGACAGCGGCCACUGGGCUGAGCCAGGGGACGGGCACCGGGCCGAGGCACCGGACUGGGCCGAGGCACCGGACGACGGGCACCAGGCCGAGCCACCGGACGAUGGCCACCGGCUCGGGCCAGCGGACGGCCACCGGACCGAGGCAGCGCCGUGCCCGGAGGAGAAGCACCCCCAGAAGGAACCAAAGCACCCGGAAGGGCUCGGGGCGUCCAGCGGCUGGAGUGGAUCUCCAGGAGCCCCAGCCCGUCCUUCCAGGACCCGCAGCCGGCACCGGACGCGCCCGGCUCGGCCUCGGGCCGGGAAGCGGCGCCGGCGUCGCGCAGAGCCAAAGCCAAAACCUCGGUGAGCGGCCGGAGGAGAUCGGAGCCGGACGCCGCGGCCGAGUGGACGCUGCCCAAGCUGGACGUGGUGGUGGCCAAGCAGUCGUGGACGGUGAACGCCGAGGACUCGGUGGAGCGGCUGCUGCCGGAGCCGGCCGAGGUGCGGCCGUACGUGUGCGGGGUGCUGCUGGAGGAGCCCCCCAAGGACGAGGAGCUGGGGCAGGAGGAGAACCCCCCGAGCGUGUUCACCUGCAUCGAGUGCAGCAUCUACUUCCGCCGCAAGGAGCACCUGCUGGAGCACAUGCUGCAGCACAACCGCAGCGCCGACGCGCCCGCCUGCCGCUUCUGCUGCGGCGAGUGCGGCUGGGCCUUCGCCGAGCCCGCGGCGCUGGAGCGGCACAGGAGGCUCCACCAGGAGUCCCGCGAGAAGAUCAUCGAGGAGAUCCAGAAGCUGAACGAGUUCCCCGAUGAGGGACGCGAGGCGCGGCUGCAGUGCCCCAAGUGCGUUUUCGGCACCAACUCCUCCAAGAUCUUCGUGCAGCACGCCAAGAUGCACGUCAAGGAGAGGAAGGAGAGUGCCUCAAGGAGCUCCAGCCUCUUCGGGGACGCCGCCGGGCACGGCCUCUACAAACCCUUCCAAACCGAGGAGCUGCCGGCGGCGCCGCCACCCGGCAAAGCGCCGAGCGCCUGCGUGCUCUGCGGCUUCCCGGCGCCCACCGAGCACAUCCUCAGGGAGCACCUGAGGUACGCCCACUCCCACUUCUCCUGGCAGCCCGAGAGCUUCGAGGAGGACCCCAACCAGCCCGGCACCUCCCGCGGCUCCUACAGCCCCGGCCGGCCCGGCCGCUUCGCCGACGCCGAGGCUUUCGGCAAAAGCGAGAGGAGCUUCUCGGAGCGGCUCCUCCCGGGAGGUUCUUCCAUCUAUGACCCCACGCCGCCCGCCUUCGGUCACCCCAGGCCGGACAAGAGCGACCAAGGGGCCACCAAGAAGGAGCCGCACGGGUUCCACCACGCCAGGAAGGCGGCGCCGUAUUCCCACCAAAGCUCGGCCUUGGCCGCGUUCUCCUCGCCCAAAGGCUUCUCGCACUCGGCGCUGCAGCAGCUGAGGAAGAGAGCGGCCACCCAGCAGCUGGAGGGGGACGGGGACAACCUCCGCGGCCACCACGCGGCGCUGGAGGAGCUGCGGCACAGGUGGGCGGCGGAGGAGAUGGAGCUGGGCCACAGCAGGGCCACCAGCGGCGCCGUCACCGUCCCUCGGGCCGCGCUGGAGCUCAAGAGAACCUUCAGGGCCACCCUGAGGGCCACGGACCCGGCGGUGGCCUCGGAGGAGCAGCGGCAGCAGCUGAGGAUGACGGUGCCCGUGGUGGUCCUGGAGGAGAUGAGCGCCCACCCCAGGGCGGCCAAGAGGCCGCGGGGGAAGCCCCUCAAGAAGAAGCUUCUCCCGCCGCGGGGGGAGUUCCUGCUGGAGGAACCUCCUCUCCCCUUGGACGUUCUGCUGCUGGACGCCCCUCUGGAGGGUCCCCUGGAGCUGGAGGAGCUGCUGGACUCGGAGGCCACCAUGCUGAAGAACGAGGAGAGGAAGUGUCCCUACUGCCCCGACCGCUUCCACAACGGCAUCGGCCUGGCCAACCACGUGCGCGGCCACCUCAACCGCGUCGGCGUCAGCUACAACGUGCGGCACUUCAUCUCCGCCGAGGAGGUCAAGGCCAUCGAGCAGAAGUUCUCCUUCCAGAAGAAGAAGAAAAAAGGUAUGGCCAACUUCGACCCGGGCACGUUCAGCCUGAUGCGCUGCGAGUUCUGCGGGGCGGGGUUCGACACGAGGGCGGGGCUGUCGAGCCACGCCCGCGCCCACCUGCGCGACUUCGGCAUCACCAACUGGGAGCUCACCGUGUCCCCCAUCCACAUCCUCAAAGAGCUCCUGGCCACCGCCCCCGAGCACCCGGCGCUGCUGCGCGCCAUGGGGCCCUCGCCGGGCCGGGACCUCCACCGGGACCUCCACCGGGAAUCCGUUUGGGGUUUGGGAUUUUGGGAUCAGCCGAAAUCGGCGCCGUUCCCGCCGCCCUGGGGGGACGAGGUCCUGCAGCCCUGCAGGGACGUUCUGGCUCCUGACGAGGACGACUUGGUGGCCAUGGAGGUGACGUCCCCUCCCCCCAUCGCCAAGAAAUCCUCGAGCUCGGCGCUGGAGCCGCCGCCGCCGCCGCGCCUGGGGACCAAGCUGAGCCCGGAGCCGCCCGGCAGCAAAGCCGAGCCCCAGGACGCCAAAGCCUCCAGCCUGACCACGUGCGAGGUGUGCGGCGCCUGCUUCGAGACGCGCAAGGGGCUCUCCAGCCACGCCCGCUCCCACCUGCGCCAGCUGGGCGUGGCCGAACCGGAGAGGCGCGGGGGCUCCAUCGACCUCCUGUAACGAGCUGGUGCCCACAAGCCUAAGGCCGAGCCCCCCGCUGGCCAAGAAACCCCAUGGGCGCCUCCCGAAAAGGAGCCGGCGGCGCCGCGGCCGCCGCUGCUGCUGCUGCCCAAGCCCGAGGGCUCCCUCAACAAGGCCAUCAAGUCCCCGCCGGGCUUUGCCAAAGCCCUGGGCCGGCCGGGCUCGCCCGCGCUCCGGAAGGUUCCGCCGCCGCUGCCGGGAUCGCCCAAGGGCGGCGAGGAGAAGGGGGCGAAGCUGGCGCUGAGCCCGCUGCCCGCCGAGGCCAAGUGGGCGCCCGACGAGGACGGGCCGCUCAACCUCACCUCGGGCUCGGAGCCGUGCCGCGACAUCCGCUGCGAGUUCUGCGGGGAGUUCUUUGAGAACCGCAAGGGGCUCUCGAGCCACGCGCGCUCCCACCUGCGCCAGAUGGGCGUCACCGAGUGGUACGUGAACGGCUCGCCCAUCGACACGCUGCGGGAAAUCCUCACCCGCCGCCGCUCGGGCCACCCCAAGCCCUUGGCCAAGAGCCUGCUGGGCGGGCUGGCCCCGCUGGAGCCGCCUCGGGCGCCCCCCGAGCUCCACCUGCCCCCGGGGCUGGGCAAGAAGGUCCCGGCGCCGCUGAGCCCCCCGGGGCCGGCCCCCGGCGCCGCCUCCCCACCGCCGCCCACGGCCAGGAAAAUGUUCCCGGGGCUCUCGGCGCCGUCCCUGCAGAAGAAACUGAAGCAGGACCAGCUCAGGGUGGAGAUCAAGCGCGAGCUGAUGGCCGGGGCAGGAGGAGGAGGAGGAGGUGGGAUCCAUCCCGGAGAGGCGCCGGCGCCGCCGGACCCGGCCUGGGCAGCGCACGAGGAGAUGGCGCCGCUCAACCUCUCCUCCCGGGCGGACCCGGUGCGCGACAUCCGCUGCGAGUUCUGCGGGGAGUUCUUUGAGAACCGCAAGGGGCUCUCGAGCCACGCGCGCUCCCACCUGCGCCAGAUGGGCGUCACCGAGUGGUCGGUGAACGGCUCGCCCAUCGACACGCUGCGCGAGAUCCUCAGGAAGAAAUCCAAGCCCUGCCUCAUCAAGAAGGAGCCGCCGGCGCCGCCGGGGCUGGAGCCGGGCGCGGGGCUGUGCGACGAGGAGCCCAAAGCGCCGCCGGGGCCGGCUCCGGGCAAGGCGCUGCCCCCGGGGCUGGCCCUGGGCAAGCCGGGCUCGGGGCUGGCGCUGGCGCCGCUGGGCUCCAAGAACGCCCCCGGCGCCUUCCUGGCUGCCAAGAGACCCCUGGGGGACACCGAGAGGCUGGGCGGGCACGGCGAGGCCAAGCACAAAGGCUUCGAGCUGGGCUUCAAGGCCAAGGCCCUGCACGACAAGGCCUCAGCAGAAGCGUGCUGCGAGCUGUGCGGGCUGUACUUUGAGAACAGGAAGGCGCUGGCCAGCCACGCCCGGGCACUGCCCCAGCAGGCGCGUGCUGCGAAGCGCUGCGGGCUGUACUUUGAGAACAGGAAGGUGCUGGCCAGCCACGCCCGGGCACUGCCCGCGCCCCAUUUUCUCAGCAGAGCGUGCGAGCGCUGCGGGCUGUACUUUGAGAACAGGAAGGCGCUGGCCAGCCACGCCCGGGCGCACCUGCGGCAGUUUGGCGUCACCGAAAGCUGCCCCCGAAAGCCCGAGAGUUCCCGCGCGAAGCUUCCGGAGCCCGGCCGCCGCGCGGCCGGCGUCCCCGUGCCCGCCCUGGUGCCGCGCCCGCCCCAGACCUCGCUCGUCAAGUUCGUGGGCAACAUCUACACCCUCAAGUGCAGGUUCUGCGAGGUGCAGUUCCAGGGCCCGCUGUCCAUCCAGGAGCAGUGGCUGCGGCACCUGCAGCGCCACAUCCUCGCCAUGAACUUCUCGUCGGCCGAGCAGCGCGCCAGGCGCCCCGAGCCCCGGCUGCCCGGCGCCCCCUGA